AUGAAGUUCUUACCAGUUCUGGCAGUGAUCGUGCUCUGCGCAGCGGCAGUCCAGGCUGGCACUGGUCGUCCUCAGUUGGUGCGUCUGCACCAGGUUACCCGGGAGGAGUACAACGAGCUCCUCCGGCUCACCCAGGGCAAGGAGGAGGUUUCCGAGGCCCGUCUUCUCAGCAGCUCCAUUGCCGGCAUCAAGGGUUUGGCUUCCGGCCUCGCUGCUGGUAAUUUUAUUCCAGCUAUCUUCAAUUCCGGCUCCAAGGAUCAGCCCAAGAAGGGACGCCCCCUGUGCGUGAUCUCCAGCAAUGAUUUCGAUCAGUAUCAUGAUGAGGAAAGGCGCUUGGGACGUGUGGUGAGCAUCGAAUUCGAGCCAAGUAGCGGCUCCAGCUCGGGAUCCUCGUCGGGCAGUGGAAGUGGUCACGGAAGUGGAAGUGGUCAUGGAAGUGGAAGUGGUCACGGAAGUGGAAGUGGCCAUGGAAGUGGAAGUAGCGAUGAGGACGAAGAUGUGUCCACUGUGAACUGCAUCCUGAUUGUUAAUGGCACAGACACGUAUACUAAACCUAAGCCCAAGCCCAAACCAGAUCACGAACACGGACAUGGAAGUGGUAGUGGACAUGGAUACGGACACGGAUCCAAGCCAUCACCUUUCUACCCACCCCCUCCCCCGUACUAUCCUCCUUACUACAGCUACCCACCCUACUAUCCUCCCUACCCCUACCCACCACCUCCUCCACCACCACCACCAAAGCACCACCAUUUCAGCGGAGAUAAGCGAUCGUUCGAUGACGAGGAGGAGGACGCGAGUCGCCUGAUCGAAGCCUACAAGGGAUUGUACUACCUGCCCGGGGGAUACCCUCUGAGGAUCGGAAAGUACUCGAAGGUCAGCCAAGAGACCUCCGCCUAUCAGCCAGCCAGCUAUCCCAAGCAGGAGUAUGCAAACACCUAUCCCAAGGUGGUUCGCAACUAUGGACUGACCCAUCCCGCUCCCGUCUACGUGCGAUCGCCACAAUUCGAGCAGGAACAUUAG